AUGAAGCUUUUCAGAUUUUUCGGAGUUUUUUGCGCCGCUUUUGCUCAAGCGGAUGAAACUGAUGAGCCGCUCAAUGCGCUGGCUGUUGAAGUCGAGGAUUUUAAAUUUCUCAUUGAUGAUAUUUUGCGAUCGAGAGACCAGGAAUCAAAACAUCUUACAGCGCGAAUAAUCGAAUUGGAAGAUAAACUGGCGCAACAGCAGAUGCUCUACUACCAGGCGAAACUCAAACAAUCAGGAAUCACCGAAGAAGUCGUCAAAGAAGCUUCCUCGAAGCAGGAAAAAGAAGACAACAACGAAUUCGGGCCAAAUUAUCAAGGAAUUCUUGAUUUUUUCAAUGAAGGUUUUUGA